GACUCCACCAAAAAGCUGUUAGAACUAAACAACAAAUUCAGUAAAGCUGAAGGAUACAAAAUAAAUAUACAAAAAUCAGGUGUGUUUCUAUACACAAAUAACAAACUAUCAGAAAGAGCAAUUAAGAAACAAAUCUCGAUCCCCAACCCCACCCGCUCGCGCAGGCUCCCGCCCGCUGCGCGUUUUGUCCCGCGUCUCGCCCCGUCCGCCGCCUGACUCGCCGCUCUUGUCUUCCUUCCUCCAGCUUUUUCUUUCUUCUCAACGGUCUAAAGAUGCCCUCGGCCACCAGCCACAGCGGAAGCGGCAGCAAGUCGUCCGGACCGCCACCCCCGUCGCGUUCCUCCAGGAGUGAGGCGGCGUCGGGGGCCGGGGCAGCUGCGCCUGCUUCCCAGCACCCCGCAACCGGCACCGGCGCUGUCCAGACCGAGGCCAUGAAGCAGAUCCUCGGGGUGAUCGACAAGAAACUUCGGAACCUGGAGAAGAAAAAGGGCAAGCUUGAUGAUUACCAGGAACGAAUGAACAAAGGGGAAAGGCUUAAUCAAGAUCAGCUGGAUGCCGUAUCUAAGUACCAGGAAGUCACAAAUAAUUUGGAGUUUGCAAAAGAAUUACAGAGGAGUUUCAUGGCAUUAGAUAUUCAGAAAACAAUAAAGAAGACAGCGCGUCGGGAGCAGCUUAUGAGAGAAGAAGCAGAACAGAAACGUUUAAAAACUGUACUUGAGCUCCAGUAUGUUUUAGACAAAUUGGGAGAUGAUGAGGUGAGAACUGAUCUGAAGCAAGGUUUGAAUGGAGUGCCAAUAUUGUCUGAAGAGGAAUUGUCAUUGUUGGAUGAAUUCUACAAAUUAGCCGACCCUGAACGGGACAUGAGCUUGAGGUUGAAUGAGCAGUAUGAACAUGCUUCCAUUCACCUAUGGGACUUACUGGAAGGAAAGGAAAAAGCUGUAUGUGGAACAACCUAUAAAGCUCUAAAGGAAAUUGUUGAGCGUGUUUUCCAGUCAAACUACUUUGACAGCACUCACAACCACCAGAAUGGGCUAUGUGAGGAAGGAGAGGCAGCCUCAGCACCUACAGUUGAAGACCAGGUAGCUGAAGCUGAACCUGAGCCAGCAGAAGAAUACACCGAACAAAGUGAAGUUGAAUCAACGUAUGUAAAUAGACAAUUUAUGGCAGAAACACAGUUCAGCAGUGGAGAAAAGGAGCAGGUAGAUGAGUGGACAGUUGAAACAGUUGAGGUGGUAAAUUCACUCCAGCAGCAACCUCAGGCUGCAUCUCCUUCAGUACCAGAGCCCCACUCUUUGACUCCAGUGGCUCAGGCAGAUCCCCUUGUGAGAAGACAGUGAGUCCAGGACCUUAUGGCGCAAAUGCAGGGGCCCUAUAAUUUCAUAUAGGAUUCAAUGCUGGAUUUUGAAAACCAGACACUUGAUCCUGCCAUUGUAUCUGCACAGCCUAUGAAUCCGACACAAAACAUGGACAUGCCUCAGCUGGUUUGCCCUCCGGUUCAUUCUGAAUCUAGACUUGCUCAGCCUAAUCAAGUUCCUGUACAACCAGAAGCUACACAGGUUCCUUUGGUUUCAUCCACAAGUGAGGGGUAUACAGCAUCUCAACCCUUGUACCAGCCUUCUCAUGCUACAGAGCAGCGACCACAAAAGGAACCAAUUGACCAGAUUCAGGCAACAAUCUCUUUAAAUACAGACCAGACUACAGCAUCAUCAUCCCUUCUGGCUGCUUCUCAGCCUCAGGUGUUCCAGGCUGGGACAAGCAAACCAUUACAUAGUAGUGGAAUCAAUGUAAAUGCAGCUCCAUUCCAAUCCAUGCAAAUGGUGUUCAAUAUGAAUGCCCCAGUUCCUCCUGUUAAUGAACCAGAAACUUUGAAACAGCAAAAUCAGUACCAGGCCAGUUAUAACCAGAGCUUUUCUAGUCAGCCUCACCAAGUAGAACAGACAGACCUUCAGCAAGAACAGCUUCAAACAGUGGUUGGCACCUACCAUGGUUCCCAGGACCAGCCCCAUCAAGUGACUGGUAACCACCAGCAGCCUCCCCAGCAGAACACUGGAUUUCCACGUAGCAGUCAGCCCUAUUAUAACAGUCGUGGUGUGUCUCGUGGCGGUUCCCGUGGUGCUAGAGGCUUGAUGAAUGGAUACAGGGGCCCUGCCAAUGGAUUCAGAGGAGGAUAUGAUGGUUACCGCCCUUCAUUCUCUAACACUCCAAACAGUGGUUAUACACAGUCUCAGUUCAGUGCUCCCCGGCACUACUCUGGCUAUCAGCGGGAUGGAUAUCAGCAGAAUUUCAAGCGAGGCUCUGGGCAGAGUGGACCACGGGGAGCCCCACGAGGUCGUGGAGGGCCCCCAAGACCCAACAGAGGGAUGCCGCAAAUGAACACUCAGCAAGUGAAUUAAUCUGAUUCACAGGAUUAUGUUUAAAUGCCAAAAACACACUGGCCAGUGUACCAUAAUAUGUUACCAGAAGAGUUAUUAUCUAUUUGUUCUCCCUUUCAGGAAACUUAUUGUAAAGGGACUGUUUUCAUCCCAUAAAGACAGGACUACAAUUGUCAGCUUUAUAUUACCUGGAUAUGGAAGGAAACUAUUUUUAUUCUGCAUGUUCUGUCCUAAGCGUCAUCUUGAGCCUUGCACAUGAUACUCAGAUUCCUCACCCUUGCUUAGGAGUAAAACAUAAUACACUUUACAGGGUGAUCUCUCCGUAGUUAUUUGAAGUGGCUUGGAAAAAGCAAGAUUGACUUUUGACAUUGGAUAAAAUCUACAAAUCAGCCCUAGAGUUAUUCAAUGGUAAUUGACAAAACUAAAAUAUUUUCCUUUUGAGAAGGAGUGGAGUGUGGUUUGGCAGAACAACUGCAUUUCACAGCUUUUCCAGUUAAAUUGGAGCACUGAACAUUAGAUGCAUACCAAAUUAUGCAUGGGCCCUUAAUAUAAAAGGCUGGCUACCAGCUUUGACACAGCACUAUUCAUCUUCUGGCCAAACGACUGUGGUUAAAAACACAUGUAAAUUGCUUUUUAACAGCUGAUACUGUAUAAGACAAAGCCAAAAUGCAAAAUUAGGCUUUGAUUGGCACUUUUUGAAAAAUAUGCAACAAAUAUGGGAUGUAAUCUGGAUGGCCGCUUCUGUACUUAAUGUGAAGUAUUUAGAUACCUUUUUGAACACUUAACACUUUCUUCGACAAUGACUUUGCAAGGAUUGGUACUAUAUAUCAUUCCUUAUAAUGUCCAUUGUCUGUCACUAAUCCUCGGAUCUUGCUGUAUUGUCACCUAAAUUGGUACAGGUACUGAUGAAAAUAUCUAAUGGAUAAUCAUAACACUCUUGGUCACGUGUUUUUCCUGCAGCCUGAAGGUUUUUAAAAGAAAAGUAUCAAAUGCCUGCUGCUACCACCCUUUUAAAUUGCUAUCUUUUGCAAAGCACCAGUAUGUGUUUUAGAUUGAUUUCCCUAUUUUAGGGAAAUGACAGACAGUAGUUUCAGUUCUGAUGGUAUAAGCAAAACAAAUAAAACAUGUUUAUAAAAGUUGUAUCUUGAAACACUGGUGUUCAACAGCUAGCAGCUUAUGUGGUUCACCCCAUGCAUUGUUAGUGUUUCAAAUUUUAUGGUUAUCUCCAGCAGCUAUUUCUGUAGUAGUUGCAUUUAUCUUUUGUCUAACCCUAACUGAAUUAUCUUUUUCUCAUGGAGGCAUUUAUAUUCAAAGUGGUGAUUCCUUCACUUAGAUGCAUAGGGAGAGUCACAAGUUUGAUGGAGAUGACAGUUUAGUACUGUUGGAAUUUGUGCUAGCAGUUUGAGCACUUGUUCUGUGUGCCUAUGAACUUAAUGCUGCUUGUCAUAUCCCACUUUGACUUCAUGAAGAAUUAAUCCCAUCUAUUCAGCAAAGGCUACUAAUACUAAGUGAAUGGUAUUUUCUGUGCAGAAAUUGAAUUUUGUUUUAUUAGCCUUUAGCUAAGGAAUUUUUCCAGUAGGUGCUCAGCUACUAAAGAAAAACAAAAAACAAGACACAAAACUAUUCUCAAACAUUCAUUAUUAGACAACUGGAGUUUUUGCUGGUUUUGUAACCUACUAAAAUGGAUAGGCUGUUGAACA